UUGAUCAUAUUCAAAUGAUUCGCAAACGUCAUCAAAAUUGUUCCUGUAAAAGAAAUGAAUCAUUUGGUCAACAAUUCGUUUCCUUAAACUUCCGUUAUGGCAAAGUCUAUGACUAAAAGAUUGUAUGUAAAGAUAUACCGAAGACUACGUUUUAAAAAAUAUUUCAGUCUAGUGUUAGUUUGGUUUAUUAUUGGCUUAGUUUGCCUUUGCAUCUUUCUUGCCCAGUCACAUAAUAGGCGUGUAGCAGCCAAUGCCAGUGAACAAGAAAAUCACAAUGUUUCUAGUCCAAAAUACUCGCAAAAAGAUCUUCCAACGAAUAGUCAGUUAUCUUCGAAUCCGAACGAGAUUAGUAAAGGUGUUCAAAGUCAGGGUGUUUCCAAAGAAGAAAGAGAAAGUCAAGUUGAAGAGAGAAGAGAAGCCAACUCCCAAACAGUCCCUCUCUUUUUGGGAGACAACAGAUCUCAAGACGAAGAAAAGGAAGAAUUGUUCCUUUUCGUUGCUAUUACAACAGAUCACAAAAACUUUCAAGCUAGACAGUCAGUCAGAGAUACUUGGCUUCAAUUCCCAAGAAUUCCAAGCUGGGAGGCGUACUUCUUUGUUAUGCAAAGCCCCAACAUUACUUUGCAAAGAUGGGUAGAGGAAGAAGCAAAACAGUUCAAGGAUAUAAUUAUACUGCCAUAUCUGGAAACCUAUGCCAAUCUGACUCUGAAGACUCUUUCUCUGAUGGAAUGGAUUGAUCAAAAUAUAAAUGCUACUUUCAUUUUCAAAUCUGAUGAUGACGCAUACGUGAAUAUACCAAGACUAGCGCUUUGGCUGCUUAAGAAACCCUUACAAAGAUUCUACACCGGAGGAGUCAAUAAGAAUUCGAAACCUGUGCGAAUAAAGGGCCACAAAUGGUACGUAAGUUAUGAUGAAUAUCCUUACAAAUACUAUCCAGAUUAUUGUAUCGGCAACGGAUAUAUUGUUUCAAGUGACCUUGUUUCCAUUCUUGGAAAUUGUUUGCCAGAAAAUCUUUCAUGCACCAACGACUAUCCUUCUUGUGUGCCUAGAAAGAGUUGCAGUGUUCCAUUACAAUUUUAUCGAGUCAUUGGUUUAGAAGAUAUUACAGUAGCUAUUAUUCUUAAAGGCUCUGCUGGAGUGGAAUGUGUUCAUGGAGAUGGGAAGUUUAUAAAUGAACCAUACUUUUAUUGUAACACUAAAUACAGUCCUCGAUGCCUUAUGGGAUUGAAAGAACCAGAGGACCAAAACGUCGUAUGCAAUCCAAGAUACGAAGUAUUCUUUAUUCAUAGAGUUGUACCAGAGCAAAUGUAUCGAUACCACUUUAACGGACCUGGAAUCGGUGCCAAUAUCAAGAUGUGUAAGAAUUCUUCUUUUUCAAGUUAUCCACUGCUCUGAAUGCUCUUGUUGAUGGGAGCAUUUCCUCACAAGUUCCACUCUUUUUUUAACUGCCAACAUAACUUUUUGGUUCGAUUACUCUCAUUGUGCGAUGGAUAUACAAAAUGGAAGAAAGUGAUUGGUCUGAAAUUGGCGACAAUUGAAGAGCAGUAAAUUGUAUUGAAACUCUUCGACACAAGUUGGUCAGUAGAGAUUCACAUGGAUAGUCUUGACGUUGAAUCACUAACUGACUUGUUUACAAAGUCUUGGCUUUGUAUCCGUUUUCGAAGACAUCAUUUAUUCAUAUCAUUUUUAUUGCAAUAUAAAGUAAUUGAUAGCCGU